AUGUCGUCGUGGCCCUACCACUUUGUCGAUCUCAACGACCGGCAGAAACAUGAGCGUCGGAUAUUGCUCGAUCGCUAUGGAGUCUUUGCCCAGCUUUCCGCUCUCGUUCCUAUUGCAGUGAUCUUGCUGUUUAGGCUGGGUAUCUGGGUGCUUUCGGAGCGGAGGAGACAGCAGGAGUAUGCUGCUGUUCCUACUUCGCCUGGGCUGAAGAGGGAAAGGUUGAGUGGCUCUGGAGCCUUGCUGAGGAGGUGGAGGAGGCUCGAGUGGUGGCUGGAAUCUGAUGUUGGGGGUGGAUGGGGAGUUAGGGGACGGUGGAUUGCGGGAUUGGCUUGGGGAGCUUGGACUGGUGAUGACUACCUUCAUAUCACCAAGCGCUUUGGGGAAGUUGCAGUGUCUCAAUUCCCCAUGCACUACAUCCUAUCCAUGAAGUCUGCCUACUCGCCCCUGUCUUUAGUCCUCAAUUCAUCCCACGAGGAACUGAAUCCCUGGCAUCGACUUUCAGGACGCAUCAUCUACUCUCUCCUUGCUCUUCAUGCGUCUUGGUACCUCAACCUUUUUAUUCAAGUUGGAGUUCUCGCGAAGCGGCUGAAAAGUCUCGAUGUCAUUAUCGGUUUGAUAGCAUUUAUUGGCUUGACUAUUAUUUCAACUACAAGUCUAGCCUUUGUGAGACGAUGGAGCUAUCGAGUAUUUUUCGUGAUGCACUUGACAAUCGGUGUCACGAUUCUGCCGCUUCUUUUCUUCCACGCUUCGUAUCUACGGCUUUAUAUCAUUGAAGCACUAGCCAUCUUUGUUUUUGACAUUGUCUGCAGAAACUUGGAUACUACGACUGGGUAUGCGACCAUCACACCAGUACCCCACACCAAGCUUGUUAAGAUUAGGAUUCCUGUCCCAGCCUCAAAAAUCAAGAGAUUCCAUGCCGCUCCAGGUCAGCACGUUUACCUCUCAAUCCCACCGGAAAGCACGCCGCCAACUACCACCACUCCAUCAAUCCACGGUCUACUUUUCAACCCAUUUACCGUUGCAGAUGUUGGGGCAAAAGAUAUCACAGUGGUAUUAAGAAUUCUCAACGGUCCCACAACAAAAGCAAUAGAAAACCUGGGCCAUCUUACCAAGGCCAGGCCACCAAUCAACAUUGAAGGUCCCCUAGGUAGCUCUCGCCGGUUCACAAACCUAGCCCAAAACUACGACAGAAUACUGCUCUUUGCAGGUGGUGUAGGAGCAACUUUCAUACUCCCUAUUUACUACCAUCUUCAAAAACAGUUGGACAACGAGGCCAGAAGUCCGGACCGUCUUACAUGCAUUUGGUCAAUGAGAUCUGCCGCGGAAGCUAGCUGGGCAAUCGAACCCGAAGCCAGUGAACAAAUAGACGAUGAUGCGAAUGUCAAGAUCUUCUUAACCCGCACUCGUGAAGACCAGAUCCAGGAGCCGAUUCCUGCAGAUGGGAGUAUUGAGCUGGAUGAUUUGACUGUGAAGGAGGAGCCGGUAAAGGCUACUGGUGGUAGGGAUCGGCCUGAUAUUGGGAAGAUUGUCGAUGGGGUGUUCAAAGCUGGGCAUGAAGAAAGGGUUGCGGUGCUGGUCUGUGGACCUGUGGCGAUGGCGAGGGAAGUCAAGAAGGAAGUUGGGAAAUGGGUUAGCAAGGGAAGGGAUGUCUGGUUUCAUGAUGAGGGCUUCGGAUGGUAG